UAUACUGAGAAGCAUAAAACAUGCUGGUGUCAUUUAUGUGUGACAGAUGUAACGUCUUCAUACUUAUAGAUAAAACAACGUAGAAACCUUUCUGAUGAGCAGAAGGUCUGGAUGUGAGGAUGGAGAACGCUCUGCUCUGCAUGCUGGGAUUUUUCUUUCUCAGUAAUCUCAUCUAUGUAAAUGCUGAAGCUUCCAUUAAACCCACUGUGACCUGGAAACACAACUGGUCUGAGAUAUUCAGUGGAGAGACGGUCACUCUGACAUGUGAGAUCAGAGGAGGAGGAACUGAGUGGACGUAUGAAUGGAGAAUAAAUGACCAAGUCUACCGAGCAUUCAGUGAAUCCAUACCAAUAACAGCUGACAGUAGAAGAUUCAACUGCAGAGGAACAAAUAACUACGGAUCAACACAAUGGAGUGAUUUUUACUCAUUACCUGUUUCUGAUCAACCCAAAGCCACAGUAACACCAGCAAUAACAUCCCUGCCAGUAGGGGGCAGUGUGACACUGACCUGCUCAGUGAAGGGCUCUGCUGGCUGGAAGAUUUACUGGUACAAGAACUCAGUGUAUUAUGGAUAUCAGUUCAUCAGAAUCAUUGAACCAGGUGCAGUCCUCAGUGUCACACAGGGCGGUGUGUACAAAUGCAGAGGAGGAAGAGGAGAUCCAGUUUUCUACACUGAAUUCAGCAAUGAAGUCGACAUUAAAACUGUUUCCAUUAAACCCAGUGUGACCCUGAAACACAGCUGGUCUGAGAUAUUCAGAGGAGAGACGGUCACUCUGAGAUGUGAGAUCAGAGGAGGAGGAACUGAGUGGACGUAUGAAUGGAGUCCAGUCGGGUUAAAUUAUUCUCCAACAUCCAGUGAAUACAAGAUCAACAAAGCUCACAGUGGUACAUUCAGCUGCAGAGGAAAAGGAAACCAUCAGUUCACACAAUGGACUCACUACUCAUUAACUGUUGCUGCAAAUAAACCCAGAGCCUCACUGACAGUGAAGGACACAAUCAUACCAGUAGGGGGCAGUGUAGCACUGACCUGCUCUGUGGACAUCGGUGAAGGCUGGAAGAUUUACUGGUACAGAAAUUCAUAUCGUACAGCUCAGAACAUAACAAACAAUAAACCAGAUGGAUUCCUCAGCGUCUCAGAGGGAGGUGUUUACAGCUGCAGAGGAGGAAGAGGAGGAAGAGGAGGAGAUCAGUCCAUCACAAACAAUGAACGAGGUGCAGUCCUCAGUGUCACACAGGUCGGUGUGUACAAAUGCAGAGGAGGAAGAGGAGAUCCAGUUUUCUACACUGAAUUCAGCAAUGAAGUCGACAUUAAAACUGUUUCCAUUAAACCCAGUGUGACCCUGAAACACAGCUGGUCUGAGAUAUUCAGAGGAGAGACGGUCACUCUGAGAUGUGAGAUCAGAGGAGGAGGAGGAACUGAGUGGACGUAUGAAUGGAGUCCAGUCGGGUUAAAUUAUUCUCCAACAUCCAGUGAAUACAAGAUCAACAAAGCUCACAGUGGUACAUUCAGCUGCAGAGGAAAAGGAAACCAUCAGUUCACACAAUGGACUCACUACUCAUUAACUGUUGCUGCAAAUAAACCCAAAGCCUCACUGACAGUGAAGGACACAAUCAUACCAGUAGGGGGCAGUGUAGCACUGACCUGCUCUGUGGACAUCGGUGAAGGCUGGAAGAUUUACUGGUACAGAAAUUCAUAUGGUACAGCUCGAGACAUAAUAAACAAUAAACCAGAUGGAUUCCUCAGCGUCUCAGAGGGAGGUGUUUACAGCUGCAGAGGAGGAAGAGGAGGUCCAGUUUUCUACACUGAAACCAGCACAGAGGUCAUUAUUAAUGAAACUGGUCAACUUGUUCCUGUCCUCUCUGUGUCUCCAUCAUGGCUGAAUCCUGGAGCCUCAGUGACUCUGAGCUGUGAGGUUCAACAUCAGGAUGCAGGAUGGAGGUUCUUCUGGUAUAAAGCUUUUCUUAAAGCAUCUAGCAGCUCCUACAGCUACGAGCUGCUUCCUGGCACCAGUGGUACAGAACAGAACUUCACCAUUAAUGGACCGACUCACACAGCAGGAUUUGUGUGCAGAGCAGGAAGAGGAGAACCAGUGAACUACACUGAUUACAGUGAACCAAAGUUUAUCUGGUCUGCAGAUCCUCGUCCAGCAGCUUCUCUCUCAGUGAAUCCUGACAGAGUUCAACACUUCAGAUCUGAAUCUGUGACUCUGAGCUGUGAGGGAAACUCUGCUGGGUGGAGAGUGAAGAGGUUUAUAGAAACAGGAAAAGUGUCAAACUGCUCCAUCUGGGGGAGAAUGACUGGAUCUACAUGUAAUAUCACUUCCUACUGGUUUAAUAGUGCAGUUUACUGGUGUGAGUCUGGAUCAGGAGAGUUCAGCAAUGCAGUGAACAUCACUGUACCUGAUGAUGAUUCUGCUCCUCUCCUGCUGAGUCCUGUUCAUCCUGUGACUGAGGGAGAUCCUGUUACUCUGAGCUGCAGAGAUAAAAAACAACAACUUCUCUCCAAUGUGUUUUUCUAUCAUAAUGAUAAACUCCUCCAUAAUGACAGCAGAGGGGAGCUGAAGAUCUCUGCAGUGUCAAAGUCAGAUGAAGGUUUCUACAAAUGUCAACAUUCAGGAAAAGAUUCACCAAAGAGCUGGAUGUCUGUUAGAGCAGCUGUGUCCAGUCCUAUCAGCUCUCUUGUCAUGAUGAUCGUUGGACCAGUUGUUGGAAUUAUUCUCAUUAUUCUCCUGAUCUUGUUGUGGCGCUGCAGACGGUCCAAAGAUUUGUGCUGCAUCAGGUCAAAAGGCUCACAGAGCAACAGUCAGACCUUCACUACAAACCAGACUGAACAUCGUGAUUAUAGUUCCCUUUGUCAUGGUAAUGCUCAUCUUUAUGAUACUGUCAGCUCUGCUGAAACUGCUGGAAAUGCUCCAGAAGAACCCGGAGACGUUACAUACACUCCCAUUGAAAUGAAGACAUUUGGGAAAGAGAGGAGACAUCCUGCACCAGAAGAGGGCGCUGUUUACUCUGAGGUGAAAACAGGAGCUGCAGACUCCACUCCAAUGUAUGCUGAGGUCAACCCGAAAAAGAAAGCCAAGAAGAAAGGAAAGGGAAAUCCAGGUCCUGCAGCAGCAGAGGCAGCACUUUAUUCUGAAAUCAGAUCAGCUCCAGAUCUGAGGAUCAACGCUGCCAUGUAGGCUGGAGGCUCUGAUGGUUUAUUCUGACAUUUAGUCAAUGAAAAGCUUCUUUGAUCACCAUUUAUAUCUCUCUCACACAAAUCCAGUGAGAGAAGCUGUUUAAGCCAUAAAAUAUACAUGGUAGCAUGUUUUAUGGCUCACACACAAAGAAAUUUGAAUUUGGUUGAAUUGUUUGCUGUGUGACGAUGAAGCAGUUAUAUGUGUAAAAUAUGUGAUGUGAUAUUUUCUCAUCUUCUGCUCCUCUUGAACAUCAUCAAUAUUUUUGAAAUGACAGCAUGAGCUGAUGAAUAUUUUACAUUAUUUGAAUUAUGUAUGUAUUUUCAUAUCUAUUUUUGGAAUUUGUCUUUUUGACCUUUGCUUUUAUAAUGAGCGCUCUGCUGUAGUGAAUUUUUUUUGUCAUUCUACUGUUUCAAAAUAACAUACUAUAAAAUAAGUGUUUGACAUGCAGUAAUAUUUAUAAAACUUAUCUGCUUUCCAUUAAUUUUCCAGUAAUGAUGUCAGUAAUAUGCUCCAUUUUUCAGAAUAGAUGAAUGUAAUGCAUUUUAUUUCAAUUUAAAUAAAUUACAUAAUAAAAAAUCCAUAGUUAUAUUUGGUUUAAAAUGUUCAUAGACAGUUUAAUCUGUUUAGAGUGGCUAAAUAUUCUGUCGUUUUAUCAGUCAUGUUUUUUGUCAGCAUAAACUAUGAUACUUAUAAAAAGCCUUAGCUAACAUAAUUAUACUGUGUGCUUUCAAUAAAAUAUCAAAAACCAAA